AUGGCCGUUGAAAGCACAAUGAUCGAUCCAACUGAGCAUCCCAUCCUCACUGGAUUAGUGCUUCUCGUCCUCUUCCUCGUUAUUCGAAAUCUCUACCUCUCUUUCCGAUCCCAUCAACGAGCCAAAGCGCUCGGCUGUCUGCCAGCUGUGCAUGGACCAUCUGGACCCUUUGGUAUCAGCUUCUUCCUGCAAGUCGCGAAGGCAGCCCGCGAAGGAAGCCGAAUCCAGCUCCAUGAUUCUCUCUUCAAGAAAUACGGACCUACCUUCAACCAAAAGACCCCAAGCAAUGAUGUCUUGUUCACUAUCGAUCCAGAAAACAUCAAGGCUAUAUUGACCUCUCAGUUCAAUGACUUUGGACUUGGUCAUCGCGCAAAGACUUUCUGGCCGUUGUUGGGUGAUGGUAUUUUCAAUGCCGAUGGUCAGUUGUGGUCGCAUGCCAGAACUUUGUUGCGCCCUCAGUUCACAAAGGAUCAGGUGGCUGACCUCCAACUCAUGGACGAACACAUCUCCGACUUUCUGGCAAAAAUUCCUAAAGACGGCUCUCUUUUCGACAUCCAACCGCUCUUCUUCUCCUUUACAAACGACUCUUCCACCCACUUCCUCUUUGGCGAGUCUCUGGCUCGCUCCAAAAAUGCAACUGGUCGCAGCGACGCAGCCGAAUUCGGUCGCGCGUUCGACAAGUCCCUGGAAUGGAUCAGUCGACGGGUCAGCGCACAGAAACUCAGCUUUCUUGUCGACGGCAACAAAGAGUAUACAUCUGCCUGCAAAUACGUGCACGAUAUUGCUGAUCACUAUGUCCGCAUCGCUUUGGAAUCGCGCAAAGAAGCUAAAGUCUCUGAUCGAUAUGUGUUUUUGCAAGCGCUUGCCAAUGAUACCCAGGACCCUAAAGUUUUGCGAGACAACAUUCUGAAUCUGUUGAUUGCGGGCCGUGAUACCACUGCUAGUCUGUUGAGCUCGGUUUUGUUCUAUUUGUCGCAUGCGCCAGCUGUAUGGGAGCGAUUGCGUCGCGAAAUCAUCAAUGAGUACGGCGACGCAGCUCAUCCAACUGGUGAAAUCACUCAUGCCAAGAUCAAGAACAUGCGAUACUUGCGAUACGUUCUCAAUGAGGCCCUUCGUCUUCUCCCACCAGUCCCCAUCAACAGCCGAAUGUCAUUCAGAGAUACCUCCCUCCCCCGCGGUGGUGGCCCAGAUGGGAAGGGACCCAUCUUCGUCAAAAAGAACACAGUCAUUCCCUUCAGUCUGUAUUCCAUGCAGCGACGAAAGGACAUUUGGGGCCCGGAUGCCGAGGAAUUCAGACCUGAGCGAUGGGAAGAAAAUGCCUCCUCACGGACUUGGGAGUACAUUCCGUUCAAUGGUGGACCGCGUAUUUGUCUCGGACAACAAUAUGCACUCAUCGAGGCGAGCUACACGCUUAUUCGAUUGGCGCAGAAUUUCGAUACCCUUGAAAAUGAUGGCGGAAGUCCGGUGCCUGAUGCAAAGAUGGAUUUGACGCUGACGCAUCGCAAUGAGUUCGGGCGAGGCGACAAAAUGGGCCGCCACGAAGAAAUAGUCAAAGAAGUAUCCCGCGUAGUCAGCCAAUUCCACAAGCUCAACCAGCCUUACCGCAUCUUCCACGGCUCAACAAACAGCACUCGACCGCGGCCAGGCAGUACGCAAAACUUUGUCGACAUUAGCAAACUCAACAAUGUCCUGCGCGUGGAUCGCAGCACCAAGACUGCGGCCGUUGAGCCCAAUGUGCCCAUGGAUAGACUUGUCGAGGCCACGCUCAAACAUGGCCUUGUGCCGCCGGUAGUCAUGGAGUUCCCUGGCAUCACCGCCGGUGGAGGCUAUGCAGGCACGAGCGGUGAAUCGAGUUCGUUUCGGCAUGGGUUUUUUGAUCGAACUAUUAAUUCAGUGGAGAUGGUUCUUGCGAAUGGCGAGGUUGUCAAGACCAGUCGCGACGAAAAGAAGGAUCUCUUUCGUGGCGCGGCUGGUGCGGUGGGAAGUCUCGGGAUCACGACGCUGAUUGAAUUGAAUCUCGUCGAAGCUAAGAAAUUCGUCAAAGUGACUUAUGAGCGCAAACCAACCAUCAAAGCAGCCAUUGAAGCUUUGGAGAAAGAUAGCGCGAACCCGGACACGGCGCCGUUUGAGUAUAUCGAUGGCAUCCAAUUCUCCCCGAAUCAUGGUGUGGUCAUCAAAGGCGAAUUGACCGACGAUUUACCAGCGGACGUGAAACCACAGACAUUCAGCAACCCCUGGGAUCCCUGGUUUUACCUCCACGUCGAAGAAAUUACAAAACAUCAAGAACUCGUCACAGAAUACGUCCCGCUAGCCGAGUACCUAUUCCGCUACGACCGCGGUGGAUUUUGGGUUGGUGCAUCAGCAUUUAAGUAUUUCCGAUUUGUGCCCUUCAAUAAAUUCACACGCUGGUUCCUGGAUGACUUUUUGCAUACCCGCAUGCUCUACAAAGCGUUACAUGCCAGCGGCGAAUCAAACCGGUAUAUUGUCCAGGAUUUGGCCCUUCCUUACGAAACGGCCGAGGAAUUCAUUGAUUACACUACAAAAACAUUUGAUAUCUGGCCGUUGUGGUACUGCCCACUGAAACAGUCUCCUACGCCGACUAUGCAUCCACAUAACACCGAAACUAAACACACAGGCCGUCUGCUGAAUAUCGGCCUAUGGGGAUUUGGACCUGCAGAAUCAACCGAGUUUGUUGCUAAGAACCGCGAUCUAGAGCACAAACUCAAUGACCUGGGAGGCAUGAAAUGGCUGUACGCGCAUACGUACUACCCCGAAGACGAGUUUUGGAAACGGUUUGAUCGGAAGUGGUACGAAGGGUUGCGCGAGAAGUAUGCUGCGACGGGGCUGCCGAGUGUAUGGCAUAAAGUCAAGGUUGCGACUGCUAGCAGCAAGAGCAGCAAGGGUCUAGUGUCGUAUUGGCCCAUUGGCGGAUUCUGGGGAAUAUGGAAAGCCAUUACGUCCAAGGAGUAUUUCAAGCAUAGGAAUGCGACGUGGAGGACUAGAAAAUAG